GUAGCGGCAUUGUUUUGCUAGUUUAAUGUUUCCAGUGGAAGCGAAGCUGCGUUUUACGAACUGACAACGCGACACUUUUCACGAUGUUUCCUCCGAGUUGAAGAACCGAACUCUGCUGCGGGUCAGUCGCGGACCUUCCCGGAACAUAGGGCCGGUGUCCGGGUCCGGCUCCCCGGCUAGCUAGCCUGUUAGCUCGCCCGUUAGCUACCUAGCCUGUUAGCUAGCUAGCCUGUUAGCUGUCAGCUGUCAACACGUCCUGUUCAGGAUGGAUCCCGCGGAGCUGGAGCUCGAUGCGGUCAAAUUUGCCAAAACAGCGAUCACCCACGACCAGAGCGGCAAAUACAACGAGGCCGUGUUCUACUACAAGGAGGCCGCCCAGGCCCUGAUCUACGCCGGCAUGGCCGGGUCCAAACUGGAGCGACUCCAGGACAAAGUGAAUGAAUACCUGGACCGAGUCCAAGCCCUGCACAACGCUGUCCAGGCACAGAAGAGCGACCCGCUGAAGUCCCGGCAGCAGGUGGACAUGGAGCGGGCCCACUUCCUGGUGACUCAGGCCUUUGAGGAAGACGAGAAGGGAAACGACGAUGAAGCCGUGGAGCUCUACACUCAGGCUGUGGAGCUGUGCAUUAAGACGUCCAGCGAUACCUCGGACCAGGCGCUGCAGACCAAACUGAAGCAGCUGGCACGCCAAGCUUUAGACAGAGCUGAAGGUCUUAAAGAGUCCCAGUCCAAAUCCGCUUCAGCCCAGACUCCGGACAAGACGGGUCCCUUUGGAACCAAGAAUGUAACCGGGACCAGUUCCGGGGGACCAGUCCGCCAGUUCUUCCCUCUCGGACCAGACUUCUCCAUCCACGACCGACCUCAGCCGAUGCGGGCGGUGCAGUCCAGCGAGCCGCAGGGUCAGCGCUACACGUCGGAGGAGAUCGAGGUGCUCAGGAGCACAUCUAAAAUCAACGGGAUCGCCUAUGUGCCCUUCAUGAGCGUGGACCUGAAGGAGCGGUUUGCAUUUCCUGUCCCUUUCUCGGACAAAUCAGGGAAACUGGCGCUGUCCCCCAAACAGAAAGCCAUCUUCUCCCGCUGGGUGCGGCCGGACGAGUACUGCAACAACCCGAUGAUGAUCAUGUCUGUGUCCAGCUUCAGCAUCAAACAGACGGUCGUGUCCGACUGCUCCUUCGUGGCGUCGCUGGCCAUCAGCGCCGCCUACGAGAGGCGCUGGCGCAAGAAACUUAUCACAAGUAUCAUCUACCCUCAGAACAGGAAGGGGGAACCGGAGUAUAACCCGUGUGGGAAGUACAUGGUGAAGCUGCACAUAAACGGAGUUCCCAGGAAGGUGAUCAUAGACGACUUCCUGCCGGUGGAUCAUAACGGAGAGCUGCUCUGCUCCUACUCCAGCAACAGGAACGAGCUCUGGGUGUCUCUGAUAGAAAAAGCCUACAUGAAGGUGAUGGGAGGCUACGACUUCCCGGGCUCCAACUCGAACAUCGACCUGCACGCGCUCACGGGCUGGAUCCCUGAACGCAUCGCCAUGCACUCGGACAAUCAGUCGUUCAGCAAGGACGACACCUUCCGCAUGCUCUGCCAGAGGUUUCACAGGGGAGACGUCCUCGUCACCACGGCAACAGGGGUGAUGACAGAGGAAGAGGGGGAAAAAUGGGGUUUGGUCCCGACGCAUGCCUACGCUGUUCUGGACAUCAGGGAAUACAAGGGGAUGCGUUUCCUGCAGCUGAAGAAUCCGUGGAGUCAUCUGCGGUGGAAGGGACGCUACAGUGAGCGGGACGAGAAGAACUGGACCCCCGACCUCCUCAAGUAUCUCAACUUCGACCCCAAGACAGCACAGAAGUUUGAUAAUGGUGUUUUCUGGAUCUCAUGGGAGGAUCUUUGUCAAUACUAUGAUGUCAUCUACCUGAGCUGGAACCCUGCACUGUUCAAAGACUCCUCCUGCAUUCACAGCAGCUGGGAUGGGAGGCAGGGCCCAGUGAAGGACGUCUACAGUCUGGCCAACAACCCCCAGUUCAAGCUGGAGGUCCAGUGUCCAGCAGGGGGCGCUGCAGUGUGGGUGCUGCUCACCAGACACAUCACCGACAAGGAUGAUUUUGCACAAAACAGGGAGUUUAUCACUCUGGUCGUUUACAAGACGGACGGGAAGAAGGUUUAUUACCCAGCUGACCCCCCGCCUUUCAUCGAUGGAAUCCGCAUCAACAGCCCCCACUACCUGACCAAGAUCAGACUGACCAGCGCCGGGACGCACACCUUCACUCUGGUGGUCUCCCAGUACGAGAAGCAGAACACCAUCAACUACACGCUACGGGCGUACGCUGGAUCCAAGUUCACCUUCGCCAAGAUCCCGUGUCCGUUCACUCACAACAAAAGGAUGAACGGCCAGUGGAAGGGACUCAGUGCCGGAGGCUGUGGGAACUACAAGGACUCGUACAAACACAACCCGAUCUACCAGAUCAACCUGGAGCGGUCGGGUCCGCUGCUCAUCGAGCUACGAGGAUCCAGGCAGUACAGUGUUGGCUUUGAGUUGGUGACCGUGUCGACGGUUGGAGAUCCAGGUCCAGCAGCCGCCCAGAAGAGGAACAGUGGAGAUUACAGGUGUGGUUUCUGCUUCAUGGAGGCGGAGCACGUCCCGGCUGGAAUCUACAACGUCAUCCCCACCACCUUCCUGCCCAAACAGGAAGGACCCUUCUUCUUGGACUUUGCCAGUACCUUGCCCGUCAAGGUCUCCCAGCUCCAAUGAAGACGAGCUGGGAGCAGGAGGAAGAUACUCGUCAGGGCAUCAACACAAACUCCUGGUGUUUCUGUUUGAAUGUGGCCAGUGUGGAGGCCUCCUUAAAACCCAAAGAGCCCAGAAUGUGUCCGGUGGCCUGAACUAAACAUUGUCUCCCACAUCCUGUCCCUGUCCUCUCCGGCUGACGGACACAACUUCAACCCUGACUCGAUGACACAGUGUUAUGUUGGAGAAAUCAAUUCUUAAUAAGGAGACAUCAAGAGGAUCUUCAGAGUGGAGCUCCUGCAACAGUCCAGGAGUUUUGGGACAGAAAUAAAACAGUUCGGCCAAAAAUGCAACAGUUAUGAUAAAAGUUGAACUUUCUGUCUUUAUGCCACAAAAAGCCAAACACCAUCAUCGAGGCAAAUUGUUUUCAGGUUCAGUUUUAUUGCUGAAACGAGCAUCUCAUGUGAACAGAGGUUAAUAUUCACUACUCGCUCCUAGGAUAUCACACAAAGACUCACGAGAACUUCCCUCAGUAGAGCUCAUGCUUCCUCCAGCUUCACUUACACAAUCAUAGGAAUUAUUUCUUCAGAAAUCAUCUGUUAUUCCAGAUCCGUGCGGUCACCCGGUGUAACGUUUCCAUCGCUGCUGAUAGAAACCUGAGUCUCCUGCAGAGUCGUUUGACCCUGAUGAUGAUGUUUGAAAAAGGGCUUGAGAUGCUCGUUGCUUGAACUUGAAGAAGAAGCGGUUGCUUGAUACUAAACCAAACGUGUUCCCUCAGCUGUUCCUCUCUUCCCGUCUCGCUUUGCUCAAACCUCUUCACACUUCCUGUCCUCGAACAAUCUGAGGAGUCGCUGCCAAAAUCCUGAAAGCAGUUUAUUAAUUGAGCGUGAGACAGAAGGGACAGUGUGUGUCCUCAGUUCCCUUGAGGUAGUUUCUCUAAUUCUCAGGAGCGGUGCAGCAGAGCAGCACCACAGGGGGUCCGGCGCGGCAGCAGUGGAAUGACUUCAUGUUGUCUGUGGACGGCUGAGUGAGAAACAGUCAGCUCAGCCUGAGACACCGGACGUGUUCUGUGUGUGAGAGUGUGCGUGUGCAUGUGCAUGUGAGAAUGUUUUUAAAAGGAAAACAUUUCAAUGUUUUGCCAAGAACACAUCCUCUAUUUUCCUUUAUGUUACCGAACUGCACUUUUUAAAUCAUUUCUCUUGUUUAUUGUCAAACAUAAUCUCUGGGAAUGAAAACGUCACUUUUGAGCAGUUUAAAGAGAAAUCAGCUUCUCUUCGGUUUCAGUGAGAAAAGUUUCUCUUCUCUGAAUCAUCAGGGAAACGUUUCAGCUUGUUUUAUUGAGAUGAUGCGUUUUGGUGGAUUUGCUGAGUGGUUUUAAGUUUUGGUUCGAGUCCAUCAUGGUCACAUGGAGCCUCCUCACAUGUUUUGAACAGCUUUGUGUUUGCUGAUGAAGACCAUGAGAGGCAGGUGCUUCUCUUUCAGUCGGACCUCUGCCCCCCCGUCUCACAGACGGGAGGAGGUUCCAUGAGAAACCGUUUCUGUUUUCUGAACAUGGAGCACACCCCCGAGCUGUGAAAACAAACCUCAGUCACACUCUGCUACUCCAUCAUUUUAAUUUCAAUCCAUAAAAUCUAAUUUUCUAGAUCCAAGAUCCUAGAUGGCAAAAUAUUUUACAGAGAUAUAUCAUGUAAAUCAUCAAAAAUGAUCAAUGUAUUUGUUGGUGUUUGUUUUCCAUGAUUAUUUGAUUAAUCAACUUUUCUCAACAUGAGCCGGAGUCAUUUCAAGAAUCUUGACAAUAUGACAUUUUCAUAAACCAGAAACUAGAUGAUUUAAAUUGUUUGCAAAAGCUUUAUUUCAUUGAGUUUGAAUCCAGGAAUCACAUUGUGGCUCAGAAACAAACCGUGACCUGUCUCAGAGGAAUGUGUUUCACUCAUGAUCUGGAACCAGGACCACUCGUCAGAAAAUAUACAUCUUUAAAUAUCCUUUGCAAUUGUGUCAAAUGUCCACUUCUUCUUCUUUAAUGAUGGAUUGUAAGUGUGAAAACGAGUUCCCUGUCUUCGUCACAUUGAUUUUAAUUGACUCCUGCAGCGAGCUGUCGUAUGAAUGAUGUAAUGUUUGCAGAACUUGCACUAAAUGUUGGGACGAUGGAUUGUUUCAAAAAUUGAAUACAGAAAAAUAUAUCUAC